AUGUCUAGCCAUCAGAAAAGGAAACAAAGCCACUCUGAAGACUCUGUUUCGGAACAAGCAUGCACUCGCUGCCGUGAGCGCAAGAUUCAUUGUAGCCGUGAGCUCCCACAAUGCAAUAAUUGCGAGCAAGACGAUAGCGUGACAUGCAUUUAUCAAAAUCCUACCAAGAGAGUGAAUCACCUGAAGUCACUAUUUCACAGCGUGAAUGGAGUCAAAGAGUGCCUGAUCAAUAUAGAAUCACAUCUCGGCCGCCUAUCUAACAAAAUCGCGCAGAAUACAGAUCAGGAUAACUCUUGCUAUAACUUAUCGACCCGACAAGCGUCCAGGGGUGGAAGCUUUGAUGGGGAAGACGAUGAAGAUUGUCCGGCGAGCCCUUCCCCAUACAGCGACGACCAUGUCGACUUUCACGUCUUUUAUAAUCAGGCGGAUAGAAUCGAUUAUUAUCACGGCCCAUUGUCGUUGUUUGUUCUCUGCAAGCAAAUCCGAUCUUGCGCCAAUUUGUGUGAAAGUGCCGGUGUAGUCGAACCAUUCCCACCCUUUGGGAGCCAGCCCGUUAUCAACCUCCUAUCAAAACAACAAUUUACCACCACUAUUGGUCAUUUCUUUCAGCAUGUUGACUGUGCAACCGAUAUUUUUGUGAAGAGCAAUCUCCUUGCCCAAGUCGAACGUAUAUACUCGCAUAAUCCUGAGCCUCGUGAUGAUGUAUGGGCCAUCUGCUUCCAGGCCAUUACAGUGCUUGUUUGGGGUAUGGAAAUUUCUGCCCAAUCAGGUAACGGUCUAUUUGGCGACUUUGCACGUUCAUUCCUUCCGAGUCGAGCUGCGCUACUUAUCAACGUACAGACUUUGAUACUUCUAAGUGUCGCAGCACAACAAUUUGACCCGCCGGGGUGGGCUGAGCUUAUUUUCACCAACGCUUGUGGGCUUGCAAGAACCAUGAGACUUCACCAAACACAAAUCUUUCCCGAUGAAACCAAUACAUUUGAUGCAUUGGAACGAGUCAUACAGUCGCUUUACGUCCGGGACAAAAGCUUGUGCACUACUCGAGGUUCUGUUUCCUGGCUGCCGACCCACGAUUGCAAUAUUGCUCCCCAAUUAAGCGCUGCAAUAGAGCGCCAUGUAUCCUAUUCAGACACACUGCAACUAGCAAUGAUUCAAGAUGAUGUUUAUCGCUUGACGCACACUGCCUCAUUUCGGACAAGCAAGUCUAGAAAAUCACAAGCUUCCAAACUGUUGCGAUCCAUUGAACGCCAACUGGCCCAAUUUACACAAACGUUUGGUAUUUUGAAUUUCCAGGCAUCUUCUUGUAACCCCCGCCGGUCCAUGUUGACUUUGGAGUUUCUGGCUACUCGUAUACUUGCUUUACAGCAUGGAUCUGGGCAAAAGCAUGCCGAACAAUUACGUUCCGAUGCAAGAACCAGUUGCCUCUUAUUGCUGAUAGCAAAUGGAGUUCAAGAUCCUCAAGAUGUCGAUAAUUUCAACGCUCUAGCUUGUCAGAAGACCGCCACUCCCAAUCGGGACGAGAAGCUAUCCACCACUGAAGCGAACAUAGUCUCUUUUGCCAGUAUACUUGACGCCUUUUCACUGCCAGCAUUCUUCAUACUACUCAAAGACCUCCUAAAUUCCUCAGAUAAUGACCACGGGUCUAAUUCCGAUCUCGAUUUAUUGCGCAGAGUGUCUGCCUGCUAUAUACACAGCACAGAGCGGAUGCAAUCUAACAGCUAUCAUCGCAAGGUCGCGUGGACAUUCGAGCAGCUGCUUAUAAUAAUCAAUCUGAUAAAGUAUCCCGAACAGCAUCAACCAAUUUCCAUGGCUUCAACAGCAUCGAUAUCUGAUACGAUAAUGUCUCUCAAUACCCAAACUGAAGACUUCUUAAAGAUCUCCCCACCAGGCUCAAUAGGAGAUGGAUCAAUUUUCUCUUUCUCACCACAACCUGCUGCGAGCACGCCUUUCUCCUGGGACAUCGGCUCAUCUCUCCCAUCUUCGUUAGGACCAUAUACACCUUUUGGCUCGGCAAAUUCAGCAGAUGCCUCAGAUGCUGGUAUAUCAGAUCUACUCAACCAGCUAAGACAAAGUGGUGCUAACGGUAGCCCGGAACAAGUUAUGACAUGGCCUGAACUGGCACCUGAACUCCCUAGGAAGCGUCUGCAAACUCAUGAAGAGCCAAGUAUCUCAACAGAGAAAAAUGAGUCGAUUCAGAUGACUUUUAAUCCUCAAGGCAAGAAGUUUUCUUCGACCAAUGUAGUUUAG